CCAUCUCAACAUUUUCACUUAACACGACUUAACAAGUAAAUUUCCGAAAUUAAAGCUGCCUUAUAAAAGACUAAGUCAAACUUCAAUAUUUGCAACCUAAAUAAUAUUAACCUGUGAAAUUACCAGUUCGUGAAUAAAUAAACAUGAAUACCUCUUCUGCAAUGGAAUCCGUGUUCACAUUUGACCAAGCAAACUAUGUUGGACGUUUAGAAUCCAGCUUCCUCGCCGAAGUUUGGUGGACACAGGAGAACUUUUUCGAGCAAUUUGGUCGACCAAUACCUUACCUGCGCGUCACGAUGACGCAGGAUGACGGGGUGUCACAUAUGGAUGCCAUUGCCUUCGGGAAUUCUUACCACGUGGUGAAAAAUUUUUAUAAGCUCGGAAAGGUUUACUGCUUUCCACGUGGCAUGUUCGAGAUUCGUCCUCGUACAUCGAACGACACGUUGUCAACUUAUCCGUACGACUUGUGGUUUCUGAACGAUUCUGCCACGUCUGAUGAAACGAGACCCAAAUCAAGCUGGACAUCGCAAUUGGAAGAGUCGAUGCAAGAUAUGAGCAUUUUAUAAAUUCGUGUAUUUAAUUUAAUUUUUUAAAUUAUUAUGUAUGUACUUCCAUGUUAUUUAAU